AUGGGGUGGCGUGCAUCGGGCGCAUCGGGCGCUAGACGGGGUUCCCUUCCAGGCGGGAAAGACGCCUUCGGACCGGGGCCCCGAGAGGCCGCUGAUGGGCGAGCAAUCCCGUGCGCCCCGCUGGGCGGCACGCGCGCCGUUGACAGCAUUAGGAUUACAUGGCUUUGGAGUGUAAACAAGAUCGGUUCUCUGUCAGAUUUUCAAUGGUGUCGCAACCUUCAAGAACUGUACGUGCGGAGGAACGAAAUCAGAGACCUCAAUCAGGUGUGCUACCUGCGGGACCUACCUCGUUUGCGAUCUUUGUGGCUUGACGAGAACCCCUGUUCAUCAUGCGAAUUGUACCGGGUGACGGUGCUGCGAGCGCUGCCGCACCUGCAGAAGCUGGACAACGUGCCGGUGGCCCCGGAGGAGGUGCAGGACGCGCUGCGCCGCGGCGUCGAGCUCUGCCACCCGGAGGACGCCCGCGCCAACGAGGUGCCCCAGCAGCACCAGCACCAGCACCUGCACCAGCAGCAGCAGGUGCCGAUGCCAGACUCUCGCCAGCAUAGCCCUGCGCGACAGGAGCAGCGCAGCCCGCCGCGGCGCCACGCGCCCUCCGACCCGGACCCGGACUCCGAGCCCGAAGCGCAGCAGCCGGCCGGCCUCUUCUACGACACGGACCGGCGCAACGCCAACUACGAGCCGGACGCCACGGCGGGGUAUGGCCGUGCUGUGAAUAACCAAUAUCACAACAACAUUUAUGACAGUCCCGUGCCCUUCCCUUGCAUCCCAUCCCCCCUGGCGCGGUGGCGCUCGACGUGUUGGCGGGUCCUAACUGCAUGCGGUGUUGGCGCGCGGCUCUGCGGCGGCGGCGGCGGCUGUCGUCGUCGUGGCGGCGGUGGUGGUGGCGAUGGUGGUGGUGAUGGCGGUGAUGGCGGCCAGCGCGGCCCCCACACGGACGCGGGCGAGUCGCCCAGCCCCGCCGACGAGCUGAGCUCGUCGCUGGCGUCGCCCGGCUCCUCCCUGCACUCGCAGACCCCGUCCAAGAACUCAAAUAUAUUAUCUGCUGUACUCUGUCUGAUAAAAGAGCUAGAUUUCCCCAGCCUCGAAGUGGUUGAGGUUGCUGUGAGAUCAAGAAUGGAAGAGUUCUGAGACCAGCCUGUGAUUAAUGGCCCAGUUGACUUCUGACAUACAAAAUAAAUUAUUCUGUAUCAAAACACCUGUACUAAGGACAAUUUCAUUAGGAAGGAAACUGCAACACAUCCAAAUUAAUAGUGUUUCAGAAAUGUGUCCUUUGUGGGUAUGUGUGGUUUAAGUGCAAUAUCUUAUGUGACAUAUUUUGGUGGUUAUAUUAGAUUUUUUUGCUGUGGACUUCAAUUGUUUGUUAUGCUUCAACAGAGUAAAUGUAUUUUGAAAAUUCAGGAAGCACUUGUUUUUACAGUUUCAGAAAUGAUUAGGAGUAGUUUAUUGCUCAAAUGUAAUUUGUUUGUCCCAUCUUUAAGAAAAAUAAUAAGUUAUUUACUUUGUGCUGGCUGCAUGUGUGUGUAUGUUAAUGUUUGAUGUACAAGCAAAUUCAACUUUUAAAAAAAAUCUUUAAAUUGUCAUUUGAUGGUAGAAUCUCCAAAUUGAUGGUGGUUUAAGUUCCCAGAUUUUAUUUUACUGAUAGUAAUGAUGAUAAACCUAACUUGUGAGUCUUAAUAUUUUCUUCCUAUUCCUGUGGAUAUUGUAAUGUUUGGCAGUUGUUAAUUUCAAAGGUAAAAAUUUAAAAAUGCAUCCAAACUAUGAAAUGGUCUUGCAAAGUAAAUUAUGUUAUCAUAAUUAACAUCUUGCCACAGAGGAAAAAUAAAUAUUUUGAAUGUGCCUAUAUCAGCAUAUUUGUCGGUGUAUAUUGAGCUGUAAAACUAGGAAAAUUGUUGCAUGACAACUAAUGUGAACAUUUUAAUUCUAAAGAUCUGCGUACCUUUUCUUUCUUCUGAUCAAGAUCAUUUAUCUUUGACUUAUAUGACUAAGUUGUGUCUUCUUAUUUCUGGACCUUAGCUGCACACAUUUUUAUGUUUCUGAAUGUUUGUAUUAUAGUAUUUUCAUUUCUUUAUGUAUAUAUUCUAGUAUUUUUACUUGUCUUCUUUUUCUAUUUUUUUAAAUUCAAAUCUUCAUUUUGUAGACUUAUAAUUUGAUAUCCCUUUCUUGUUGAGAUAUACUGAAUUCACAUAGUAUCUUCAAUUUUCUUUCUGACUUUAAUAUCUAGUCCCCAUAAUUUUGAACCAAGUAUAUCUGUGGAUAUAAUUCCCUACAAUUCUCACUUGUUUCUUAUCCUUCAGCUGAAAUUUUAGAUUAUUUACAGUUCCGAAUACAUUUACAUACCUCUGCAAUUGGACCAUUCUAAAUUUACUUUUGUCUUGAGCCUCACUAUCUGAUGCAUUUACUUAUCGGCCCGAUUCUUCUGAAUGGAAUUUGAGUUCUUUUCAAUAAAUUUUUUUAUCUUGAAAUAUUGUAUAAAAGAGCGAUGAGAAGUAACACACAUUAUUGCCACACAAAGAACACAUGGAAAUGUUGUGGAUAUUCAGUAACGGAGUUGUAUUUGUUACUUAACUGCAUCAUAUGCUAAGGUAUUUUACUUUUAUCUGUAAUACUACUUAUAUAUUAACUUAUUUUUAGUUCUUAUUCUUGCCAACACUACUGACAACUACUGUGUUUUCAUUACAAAUCAUAAAAAAUAACCAGAAUUGUGACAUAAUUCACCUAAAGAUAUAUUAAUUGUGAAAAACAGAUUAUGUAGUAUUACUUGGAGAUGUGUCACAGAAGAGAAUUUUCUGAAGGUAACAGAAACAGAAUUGAAAUUGAAAUCAUAAGGAUGAUUUUUUUUUUCCAAAGAUGCUUAUGGAAAUAAGAAAAUAGGAAGUCAACUUACCCUAGUUUGUUUAAUUGUUACCAAAGAUCAAGCCCAGUGUAAAUUUUGGUUUGGUUUGAAAGUAGUCAAUUCUCCUCGAGUAUCUACACAUCUGCCACAUGUUAUUUUAACAAGACUCAUCCAUGAUAGCUUUAUUCCUACUGAUAUUGUUAGUAAUAUUUCAGCAUGCAUGUAGCAGAUCUUUACACUGCCCGGCAUGUUUCCGGAUAAUAUUUUUAUACAUCCAUUGUUUUUUUACUGUGUGUUGCAUGUGAACAAAUGUAUAUGUGUAAAUUUCAAAAGGAGUGCAUUAGGCAGGAGUUCUAUAUUUAAAUAUCUACUUUUCUGUUCAAAGUUAAUGUCCAAUUACCUUAUCCAUCAUUCGUGUUCCUCUUAAUUUUGUGAGAAAUGUAGACAUGUACAUUAAGCAAUUUUACCUCUGAAAAAUACAAUAACCUUUUGUUGAUCUCUGAAUCAGCUCGAAAGCCCUUUUAGCCACUUUUCAAGUACUAUUUGGCUCAGUUUGUAAUAAAUUGCUGUGGAAUCCACAGAAAUAAAUUCCCUCUGUUAAAAAUAUUGACAUAAUAUUUUGAUGAAAUAAAGACAUUGAACAUCCCAAACACUUUCUCU